AUGUUCAAUUUUCUUACACUUAUCUUGUUAACAAUCAUAUCAACCGGUCUUUGUCAUAAAUCCCGACCGCGACGGCAUUAUAAUGAUGAAUAUAGGAUUAACACACCUGCAUGCGACGUAGUAUGUGAAGGACAAUGGAAAAGUGAAUUUCAUGCAAACUUCCAUAAAAUUUAUGACACGGAGUAUUUUGAGAUUCCACUCGACACUACGAUUGUGAAGAAUCGGAGUAAUUUGAAAAUGUUCUGCUCCUCAACAAUUCAAAAGUAUUCUUGUCUUCGCAAAGAAUGUAGAAUCCAUCGAACUCCUUGGUCAGCGGAAAAGCAUAUUUGUAUCGGACACUUUGACAACUUUGACAGAAACAUUAAUUGUCUGAGCUUGACAGACAGAUAUGUGCAGAAAGAAUGUUCGAAUGUCUGCAACAGUAUUAAGAUUGAAGUGUCACAAGCGGAAAUCGACAGGAUGGCUGAGAUGGAGUUCAGCAGGCAGGAGAAAAGCGAAUUUGUCGAACAGAACAAACACUGCAAUUUCAUUGCUUGCCAUCAGCUGUGCCAUGAAUACAUAAUCAGCAAAAUCUGCAUUGACAGUGCAGUCGCAGCACGAUCUGUGGUCAAAUCUUAUUAUGAUUCAUAUCUAGAGAGAGAAUACACUGCACUAAACAAAGACGAUCAAGACGAGCUCUACUCAAGUUUUUGUCGACGGGUAACACCGGGUCAAGAUGAGAACACAUACACAGCAAACAUGACGCGGUUCAACAAUCUGACUCUUGACCGAAUGAAGAACGACAUUCGUUCAGUUUUUUCAAUUCUCGAUUAA